AUGUUUAUGAACAUAGCAAUCCUUGCGAAUUGCCUGUUAUAGGUGAUACUGGUUCUAAAGGUUUUCCCGGUGAGCGAGGUUUACAGGGUCGACGUGGAGAACCCGGGCCUACCGGUGAAGUAGGCCCACCAGGUCCCGAUGGUGAGAGUGGACCAACUGGACCAUCUGGUGAUCAGGGCGCUAAAGGCGAACGUGGUCUAAAAGGCGACAUUGGUCCAAUUGGCGAAACGGGAGAACGUGGUAUCGAGGGUCCACCUGGAAGGUGUCUCCCAGCUCCGUUUAGCCGAAAGGGUGAACAGGGUGAUCAAGGCCCCCCGGGGUUAGAUGGCGAGAAAGGUCUGACAGGGACUCCUGGCAUCAAGGGCGACAUAGGAAUGCCUGGUGAUACUGGCUUACCAGGCAUCAAGGGUGAGCGCGGAGACCCAGGAGACCCGGGAGAGAAAGGUGAUAUCGGAUAUCCAGGACAGCCCGGCCGUGACGGCUUAAAAGGUCAUAUAGGCCAACCAGGUCUGACUGGGACUCCAGGCGAAAAGGGGCGAGAAGGUCAACCUGGACAGCCUGGCUCGAUUGGUCCAAAGGGUCCUAGAGGAAAUAUAGGCGACAAAGGGCUUCGCGGCCCUGAGGGUCCGAUUGGUCCUCUUGGUGAUCCGGGUCCCCAGGGUGAAGAUGGCAUUGGUGAACCUGGACUCAAAGGUGACCAAGGUCCCCAAGGCGAAAAAGGCCUCAAGGGCGAGUUUGGCGAGACUGGAAUAAUUGGUCAGAAGGGCUACAAGGGGGACCCAGGGCUUUCAGGCCAGACAGGAGACGAACCUGGACAGCCUGGAGAGAAAGGUGACCAGGGUCCACCUGGAAUCAAGGGCGAAUUCGGUAAACAAGGCGAAAAGGGAGAUAUCGGUCCCAUUGGUUCUCCAGGACUUGAGGGAGUGCCUGGUCAGGCAGUGAUGAGCAGCUACCUAUUUUCUGUACACCAUCAGAAUCCAGAAGCGAUGCUAACAUGUCCGGACCACUCGAUUAAGGUUGGUGAGGGCUUCAGCUUUGUCAUGGCAAAUGGAAACGGCCGACUAGUCACCAUGGAUUUAGAACAAAGCGACAUACCGUCGUAUCGCUGCCCCCUUGACUAUUUGAAGAAUAAAAAUGCGCGUUGA